CGUUGUAAUAAUGAAGCAACGGUGCUCUGUAAAUAUAUCCUUCUCGGAAGUGGGCUCCUUUCAUGUCAGCUGACCGAGGCCAGCAAUACAAUUCACAAACUUUUUAUGACUCACUGCACAGAGUGGGGGGCGCUGAUGAGGAUACUCAAGGCUCAUUUUCCUUCUGGAAGAAUCUGGGCAACUUCAAAUCAGUUUUACUUUCCAGUUUCACUUUCGUUUUUGUAAAGCCAGUUGCAGGAAAACAAGACAAGGUAGCAGCUGAUGCCUUCAUAUAUAGGUCUCUUCAGAAUUCUUCAACCAGAGGAGGAAGGCUUCUGAAGAGCACAGCAGCCUGAACCUCAGCCUCUGAGGACAACUGGAAAGCGCACAGCCAUCAUGAGUGAGAUUACCAAGAAUUCCUUGGAGAGCAGCCUGCGGCAACUAAAAUGUCACUUCACCUGGAAUUUGGUCGGGGGAGAAAAUUCCUUGGAUGAUUUUGAAAACAGAGUGUGUAAUCAGAUUGAGCUUCAGAGCAGUGAAUUCAAAGCCACAGAGUGCAACAUACUGGCCUACAUAAAACACCUCAGAGGCCAAAACAAGGCAGCCCUGGAAUACUUACAGCAAGCAGAAGAGUUAAUCCAGCGAGAGCACGCUGACCAAGCAGAAAUCAGAAGUCUGGUCACCUGGGGAAACUAUGCCUGGGUCUACUAUCACAUGGGCAGAUUCUCUGAAGCUCAAAUUUAUGUAGACAAGGUGAAAGGAGUCUGCAAGAAGUUUUCCAGCCCCUACAGAGUUAAUAAUAGUCCUGAGAUAGAGUGUGAGGAAGGGUGGACGCGGUUAAAGUGUGGAAGGAAGUUUUAUGAAAGGGCUAAGGUGUGCUUUGAGAAGGCUCUGGAAGAAAAACCAAAGAACCCAGAAUUCAUCAUUGGACUGGCAAUUCUGAGCUACCGUCUGGAUACCUGGCCAAUUAAUCAGAACCCUAUUAACGCUCUGAGACAAGCCAUCAGGCUGAAUCCUGACAACCAAUAUGUUAAAGUCCUCCUGGCUCUGAAACUUCAAGAGCUGAAUGAAGAAGGUGAAGGGGACAGUAUAGUUGAAGAAGCCUUGGAGAAAGCCCCAUGUGCAACAGAUGUACUUCGCGGUGCUGCAAAAUUUUAUCGAAAGAAGGGUGCUGUAGACAAAGCUAUAGAAAUGCUUGGAAAGGCUUUAAAAUCCAUGCCAAACAAUGCCUACCUGCAUUACCACAUUGGGUGCUGCUAUAGGGCAAAAGUCCUCCAAAUACAAAGUGAAAGGUAUGAAGAAAGAGAGAAGUUACCAGAACUAAUAGAACAAGGCCUGGAUUAUUUAAAGAAAGCAGAUGAGCUCAAUGGGAAUCUCCCCAAUGUCUGCUCCUAUCUUGCCAGCCUCUAUGCUCAAGUAAAUCAGUAUGAAGAAGCAAAUUAUUACUUCCAAAAAGAAUUCAGCAAAGAGCUUGCUCCUGUAGCGAAACAGCUGCUCCAUCUGCGAUAUGGCAGCUUCCAGCUGUAUCAAAUGAAGUGUGAAGAAAAGGCCAUCCACCAUUUUAUAGAGGGUGUGAAAAUAAAGCAGGAAUCAAAGGAGAAAGAAAAAAUGAAAACCAAACUGGAAAGAAUUGCUAAAAUGCGGCUUUCUCAAAAUGAAGCUGAUUCUGAGGCUUUGCAUCUCUUGGAGGUCCUUGAUGAGCUAACGGAGAAAUGCAGCAAGCAGAUGAAGACUCAGAGAGGUUUGGCCUCUGCCAGCCUCCUCUCUUCAGCAUCUAUAGCUGAGGCAGGGGAUGAGGAAUAAGGAUAUGGUGCUCAUAGAGCUGCUGCUGGAAGGAGGCCAAAACCCCUCCAACCAGGGGGAUAUUCAAAUGUUGAACAUGGACUAAACGGAGCAGACAGUGGCCCCAGUACUGGAUCAGGGUUAUGGAGAACCCUGCUGUGCCAGGUAUUAACUCUGGAAUUGCUAGAUCACGUGAAGGUCCAGGGGGUUAUAAGGGAGGAACCAGAUUGGGGGGUAGGUCUGGGGGCUUGGGAAAGGGGCUACUUCCCAACUGAACUCUUGGGCACAGUUUGUUCUAUGACAUUCCCUUAGUCACAUACCCUUAGUGGUGUGAUGCCUUAGGCUUCUUCAUAUGUUUAUAUAAGGCAGCCAGAUCCCUCAAAUCUGUAACUUUGUGGUCCAUUUUUGCAACGGAUACUGUGCAAGUAGGCUGGUUUUGCUGUAACAGAAGACUAGAGGACCAAAGCCUGGAGAGGGCUCAGUAUCCACCUCCUUCCCCCUCCUCCCCAGCCAAUCUUCAGUCUAAAGUGUCCUACACAACAUGAGUGCAAUUGUUCUAGCAACUGAGGUGGCAACAUUAAAGAAAAAAAAAAAAAAAAACCAAACCCA